AUGGCGGGGAGCGGCCUGCCGGGAAGCCCCCCCGCGGGGCUCUGGGCCGUGGCCGAGGAGGAGGAGGAGCCUCAGUGCACAGCCCCGCGCUCCGGCCAGCCCCUGGAGGGCGAGUUAGCGGAUCUGCGCUGGCGGGUCAAGAAGCAGGAGAGCAGGAUCAGCGAGCUCGCCACGUAUGCGGGCGUCGUCCAGAAGGAGAGCAUCGCGGCCCUCGCGGAGAAGGUCGAGCGGCUCUGCGCCCGCACGGCGCCCGAGGCCGAGCGGCCCGCGGAGGAGGACGAGGCGCCGCAGACGCCGCGGGCCAGCGAGCGUCUCGCCGCACAGCUCGGGCCGGAGCUGGAGAGGCGGCUUGCCGAGGAGCUGGCGCUGGUGCGGCAGCAGGUGCAGGAGGCCCUGGCGCCCAAGGCUGCCCUCGAGGCCUUUGUGCAGGGGCUCGCCGCGGAGAUGCGGGAGGCCUUCGAGGCCCUGCGCGGCGAGCUGCAGCUGCAGAGCGCCGAGAGCCAGGCGGGGCUGUCGACGCUGCAGGUGCAGAUGGAGGGCUACCGCCUGCAGGCGGUGGGCGGCGAGGCCUCCGUCGCAGACCUGCGGGCCGAGCUGGACCGGCGGGCCGGAACCGAGGAGCAGGCCGCGCAGAGCUUCCUGUCGGGCGUCUGCCGCGAGCUCCGCGAGACUCAACGUCGCAGAUGCGCGCCCUGCUCGACUACGGCGAGAAGGUGA